CUCACCCCAUCGCAUCUUACCAACAGAUGCUUCAAUCAAACUUCCAGGACAAGUUUAUGUGCGCACAAGAAGGUUGGGCAGAAGAUAAAGAGUGUCUGGCAGAUAUCUACACAGAGCUGUACAUCACAGCUGGGUAUGAUGUACAUAUCAACACACAGCAUGAGGUUUGGCAGAUUGAAAAGGCAUGGAAGCCAGCAGAGCCAGAGAAACCUAUUAGACCCACAGACAUGUUUAAACAUCCCUCUGGAAAAUACAGACCCAUCAAAACAGUGAUGACCAAUGGAAUCGCAGGAAUUGGAAAAACUUUCCUUGUCCAGAAGUUUGUUUUGGACUGGGCUGAACAAAGAUCCAAUCAAGAUGUGCAUCUGAUUUUCCCCUUCACCUUCCGUCAGCUGAAUCCUCUGAAGGGAGAAAAGUUCCGUUUGGCAGAGCUCAUUCAUGAAUGCAUCCCAGAAACUGUAGGCAUCCCACAGGAGGCUCUUAAUUACAUCUUUACAGAUGUUCAGUCAUCAGGAAUCACCAACUAUGACAAGAGUAAAUUCAAACUUCUGUUUGUGUUUGAUGGGCUGGAUGAGAGCCGCCUUCAUCUCGACCUUCAUUCUGAAGACAUUCGCUCUGUCGAUGUAACAAAGGCAGCUAAAACAGAUGUCCUGCUGAGGAAACUCAUCAAUGGGAAACUGCUACGCUCUGCUCGCAUCUGGGUAACCACACGGCCUGCAGCGGCCAAUCAGAUCCCUCGAGAGUUUAUCAGCAGUACAACAGAGGUCAGGGGGUUCACCGACCAACAGAAAGAGGAGUACUUCAGGAAGAGAUUCAAAGGUAAGGAGGAGGCUGACAAACUCAUCUCCCAUAUCGUGACAUCACGAAGCCUCCACAUCAUGUGCCACAUCCCAGUCUUCUGCUGGAUCACUGCAACAGUUCUGGAGGAUGUGUUGAAAACCAGAGAGGGAGGAGAGCUGCCCAAGACUCUGACUGAGAUGUACGCAGAGUUCCUGGUGUUUCAGAUUGAUCGGACAAAAGAAAAGUAUGGCCCAGAAAAGAGCAUUCAAUACAUUAAGUCAUUAGCAAAACUGGCCUUUGAGCAGCUGGAAAAGGGCAACCUGAUCUUCUAUGAGAAGGAUCUGAGACAGAGCGGCAUUGAUUUCAGCGAAGCCUCGGUGUGCUCAGGAGUGUUCACAGAGAUCUUCAAAGAAGAUCGAGGAAGGAAAGGGAAAGACAAGAUGUUCAGCUUCGUCCAUUUGAGCGUUCAGGAGUUUCUGGCUGCUCUUUAUGUGAGGAUGUCGCUUAAUAACAGUAACAUAAAUGUGAUGCCUUUACCACAGCCCUCAAUGCGCAAUCUUCAACUGCUUUUAAGUAAAACAUCUUCAAAGAAGACCCACAGGAUUUCCAUUGACAGGGCCUUACAGAGUCCAAACGGACAUCUGGACUUAUUCCUUCGCUUCCUCUUGGGUCUUUCACUGCAGACCAAUCAGGAUAAACUACAGGACCUGCUAAUGAAAAUAGACAGUAGUUCAGAGACCACUCAGAAAACAGUCCAAUACAUCAAGAAGAAAAUCAGUGAGAAUGUGUCCGCAGAGAGGAGCAUUAAUCUGUUCCACUGUUUGAACGAACUGAAGGACUGUUCUCUAGUGGAGGAGAUCCAACAGUAUCUGAGUUCUGGACGUCUGUCCACAGAUAUACUCACUCCAGCUCAGUGGUCAGCUCUGGGCUUCAUCUUACUAUCAUCAGAAGAAGAUCUAGAUGUGUUUGACCUGAAGAAAUACUCUCCUUCAGAGGAAGCUCUUCUCAGGUUACUUCCAGUGGUGAAAGCCUCCAAAACAGUUCUGCUGUCCGGCUGUAUCGUCACAGAGGAAGGCUGUACUUAUUUAGCUUCAGCUCUAAAAUCCAACCACUUCCAUUUGCGAGAACUGGACCUGAGCUACAAUGUUCUGGACGACUCAUCAGUAAAGCUGUUCUCCGCUGGAGUGGAGGACUCAGACUGGAGACUAGACACUCUCAGGCUGGAACAUGGUGGGCAGCAGAGACUAAAACCUGGCCUGAGAAAGUAUUCCUGUGAACUCACACUGGACCCAAACACAGCAAACAGAAACCUCAUCUUGUUCGACAACAACACUAAAGUGGCAUUUGUGGAUGAUGAGCAGCCAUAUCCUGAUCACCCAGAGAGGUUUGAUGACUGGAAACAGAUUCUGUGUAGAAAUGGGCUGACUGGUCGCUGUUACUGGGAGGUUGAGUGGGAAGGUUGGGUUUACAUAGCAGUGAGUUACAGAGGAAUCAGAAGGACAGGAGCCAGCAAAGGCUGCUGGUUUGGAUGGAAUAAUCAGUCGUGGAGUCUGAGAUGCUCUGAAGAUGGUUACUUUGCUUGGCACAAUAACACUAGAACAGACCUCUCUACCUCUUCCUCCUCCUUCGUCUCCUCUUCCGCCUCCUCCACCUCAUCCACCUCCUCCACCUCAAACAGAGUAGCAGUGUAUGUAGACUGUCCUGCUGGGACUCUGUCCUUCUACAGAGUCUCCUCAAACUCCUUGAUCCAUCUCCACACCUUCAGCACCACAUUCACUGAGACUCUUUAUCCUGGAUUUAGGCUAUUUAGAUCUUCCUCUGUGUCUCUGUGUUCACUUUAGGACGAAGACUUGCAGAAACAAUGACACAGAUUUAUUCAGGCAAAUACUUUACAUUAAAAAAUCCUUUAAAAAAUCUUUUUCCAAACCUCACCAAUAAUUUUAUUUUAGACCAGAAGAUUCCACACAUUGACUGUGAGUAACACUUUAGACUGACCAUUAUUAACAAAUGGAAAAGGAAUAAUUUCUACAAUGUUAGUUGUACUAAAGAUGGUUGUAUGGAGGCAGGAAGCUUGAAGUGAGUUUUACAAAGUAAUCUGUUCUCUAGCUUAUGUCCUUUGCAUAGGUCUAUAUUACCAUAAUGCAAAUGCUUUGUAUCAUAUUUAUCUGUUUCCAUUCAUUUUACAACCAGUGACAGAAUUUGUUGACAAUAAAUUUCAUUUCCUGUGUGAUUCAGCAAUAAA